AUGCUGUGGUGGCUUUGGUCCUCAGUUAUCGUUGCGGCCGCCAUGUAUGGCGGUUUUUGCCGAUGGAAGAAAUCGGUGUCGAGGCUUGCUCUACCCGUUGUUGGAUCCACCAAUGAUCCAGACCUCACAUGUGCUAUGCUUGAAGGCUACAAAAAGCACCCUGACACACCAUUCAUCAUUGCUUCGGACCCACCACGGGUUGUUCUCCCCAUGAGCCUCUACAAUGAAGUCGUUUACGCCGACGAAUCCAAUUUUUCCUUCCGUGCUGAACUCUACGAACUUUUUCUUGGACGAUUUACACACAUCGGAGAGAGAGCCCCAGAAGUCAUCAGCGCUGUGCGGGGAGAUCUAACAAGAAACUUAAAUGGCAUCUUGCCGCUUAUCCAAGCCGAGAUAGGAUUCGGCCUGGGUCAAGCUGUCGGCAGCGGAAAUGAAUGGAAGACCCUCAAAGCCUACCAGACUGUUCUCCGCAUGGUUGGCUUGAUGAGCGGUCGUAUAUUCGUCGGCUUGCCCCUUAGCCGUGACAAAGAAUGGCUAGCAACCUCGAUCAAUUUCGCGGUUGAUGUCUCUAAAUCCAGCGCAGCAAUGCUGAGAUUGAAUCCCUCGAUACGGUCUUUCUUUUUGCCUUACCUUCCUGAGGUCAAACACUUGCUGAGGGAAAAGGAAAAGGCGUACGAGUGGAUGCGGCCCCUCGUGAAGGAAUAUGUUCAGGAUCAGCACGAGUUUGAGCAGAAACCUCCCCAGCCUGGAUCCAAAGGUGCUUUCAUCUCCUGGAUAAUGAAGUACCUUCCGCAAGAACAGAGGACAGCCGAAACGAUUGGAAAACGCCAGAUAUUGCUGUCGUUUGCUGCUCUUCACACAACGUCAAUCACGGCCACUUUUGUCAUUUUCGACCUUCUCAGUCGCCCUCAAUAUAUCCAACCUCUUCGAGAGGAGAUCGACCAAGUCAUUGCUAAAGAUGGUUUUUCGAAAGAUGAAGAUGGCCAUCUUUAUCUCUCCAAGUCAUCCGUUUCUCAAUUGAAAAAUUUAGACAGCUUUAUCAAAGAAAGUCAGCGAAUGAGUCCCUUGAAUAUUGGGGGCUCAAUUAGACGCGCACGGAAGGACUACACCUUUUCCAACGGCCUGAAAAUCCCGGCGGCACUCCAACUUCAUUUCCUCUAUGGGGCGUAUACAGAGUUUCUGAGCCCAGAGUAUAAUGCUGGCACAAAUAACGCACCGCCAGCGGAGUUCGAUGGCUUCCGUUUCGCCCGUCUUCGAGAAAUGCCUGGUCGCGAGAUGAAACAUCAGGCAACGGCUACCGGUCCGGAUUCUUUCAACUUUGGCUCCGGCCCACACGCCUGCCCAGGCCGCUUUUUUGCCAUUUACAUGAUCAAGUGCAUAAUUAUUGAGCUUUUAAUGCAUUAUGAUGUGGAGUUGAAGAAAGAUAGCGAUGCCGAGGUCAAGAGGCCUCUGAAAUUUGUUAAAGAUUCGGCCCAGAUGAUGCCGAACCCAGCGGUUGAAAUAAAGAUCAGGAAGCGCAUGCAAGGAUAA